AUGGCGCUAGAUUCUCUCCUUCACCUACCACCCUACUUGUGGCUUUCUAUCGCCCUCGCGGUACCCCUCGCGACGCUUCUCCACGAUGUCUGGGUGUGGCUCCGAAUGCCUCCAGGUCCCACGCCUCUUCCAUUCCUCGGCAACAAACUCCAACUCCCAAGAUCAAAGCCCUGGAUCCAUUUCCAGGAGUGGUCCAAGAAAUACGGUCCCAUUUUCACGAUAUGGAUCGGCCGCAAGCCUACUGUCGUCAUAUCCGACCCCAACAUCGCUGUCGAGUUGAUGGAGAAGCGGAGCACAAAGUACUCGUCGCGUCCGCGUAUGGUGGCUAUGGGCGAGAUACUGUGGGACAAUGCUAGUAUACUCGUACAGCCAUAUGGCAAAGAAUGGAGUGUGCGGAGGAAGCUGCUACAUCAGGCUUUGACACCCAGGGCGCUGAGGUUGUACAAGCCCGUUCAGACGGCAGAGGCAUCGCGGCUUUGCCAGCAGCUCCUCGAUAGCCCGGCCAACUGGGAGAAACUCCUCGAACGAUUUACGUCCAGCAUCGUUUUCUGUGUCGCAUACGGACACCGCAUCGAUUCGCUCAAUGCCAACGUCAUCCACCAGCGCUUCAAGUUCAUGCAUGUCGCCGCAUCGCUGAACGUGCCUGGAAAGUACCUCGUCGAGUCCUUCCCCAUCUUGAAGCAUGUCCCAGAUGCUCUGGCGCCUUGGAAGGCUGAUAUAAAAGCGCGUGGUCGCGAGGAAGCAGCUGCGAACAUGGCCUUGGUCGAUGUCGUACGCUCGGAUCUUGCGAGAGCAAAGGCCCAAGGUGACGAUAUCCCAGAUUCACUAUGCAAGCUCCUGCUCGAAUUACGAGAGACGGAGCAUAUCCCCUUGUCGGAUCGCAAUUUCUCCUACAUCCCAGCAUCGCUUUUCGGCGCUGGGUCUGAUACUACGGCCUCGACUCUCUGCACUGCCUUCCUAGCGUUUGUCACGCAUCCCGAGACCCUACACGCCGCCCAUCGCGAAUUAGACACCAUCAUCGGCACUGGCCGUAGUCCUACGUUUGAGGACGAAACGAACCUGCCAUAUAUUCGCGCUCUGGUAAAAGAAGUUCUUCGCUGGCGUCCUGUUGCCGUUCUCGGAGGUACACCCCACGCCUCCACAGAGGAUGAUCGUUACGAAGGAUACUAUAUUCCUUCUGGCACCACUGUUCUAGGAAACUCAUGGGCUAUAAACCUCAACGAGGAGUACUAUCCGAAUCCACACCUCUUCGAUCCCACACGCUUCCUCGAUGAGGCGCUUGUGGAACGCUCCAAAGCACCAACACCGCUCACGGGCAAGCCCCAUCCAGCGAAAUCAGGUCACUCGUCGUUUGGCUGGGGAAGGCGCAUUUGCCCUGGUGCCAGUCUUGCGGAGAACAGUCUGUACAUCGCGCUAGCGAAGAUUCUGUGGGCCUUUGAUAUUCAGCCCAAAGCAGGGGUGAAGUAUGAUACUUUUGCCUAUACCGAGGGCUUCAACAUACGGCCUCGGAAGUUUGAAUGUGAAAUCAGAGUUAGGACUGAGGCGCACAAGCGAGUACUGAUGGAUGAUCUGAAGGAGGCUGAGAGUGUGUUGGAGAAAUUCACGCCUUUCCAAGAGUAG